AUGCUUUAUUGCUUGGCGUUUUUAAUAGCCUUUAAACGUAUACAAAUAAAAAGCUUUUUAAUUUUUUAUUGGUUAAUUUCGAUACGCUUUAAUAUCGUUUUAAUGUUCCUUUUAAUAAUGGUCGUCCUUACCGCUUUAUUACCUUUUUUUUUAUUAAAAUAUAAGUAUGGUUUAAAUGGUCGGUAA